CUAACGCAUUUGAUGCUGUCUGUGGUUUGUCAGUCAGAGCUUGCGCAAAUCCACGUUUUCUCAGCGUCGUCGUCAUAAAUGAGAUUCUCCUCUGGUGKCCGCUCCAUAAGUAGCUAGCGAUAAUCGAACGGGUCGGUGAAACUAGCGGAGCAGAUAGCAGAUUGUUAAAUAUCACCCGAUGUACAAACUGAAAUGCUGCAGCAUUUGCACUAAAACAAAUGCGUGUUAUAUGGCUCUUCCUUCAAGGGAUUGUUGCAAUUGGAUUAAAGUAGACGCAAGAGAUGUAGAUAGAAAUGUCUAGCUAGCCAAAGUACUAGCUAACUGAUGUUGCAUCGAUGGAAUUAUUCGAGUGCCAUUGAUUGAGAAGCACCCAGCGACGCUAAAUGAGUAGCUAACUAGCUACAUGGAUAGUAUUAGCGGCUAGCUAGCCGUGACGGGAAUGUGGACGUUUAUUAACGUUGUGUGAAUGGGACAUAUACAAUUUUGAUACAUAAAUCAAUGUUUAAGGAUCUAACAUGUUAACUUAAUACAUGUGACUUGGUAUUCAUCCAUGCUAAGCCAGCUUUCUGUUUUAUCGUCCGGCAGCGACAUUUGGACGGGGGGACAGUAGCUAACGUUACUAAGAUUGGGCAGUGUGCAUCAGUAUGGCACUACUUCUAGAAGGUGCCCGCAACCUGGGCUGGGUACUCCUGAACUCCUUCCUUCGUUUCAUCUUUGUGUUCAUUAAUAACUGUGUAGCAAUCCCUUCGUAUUGCCUCUACUGCAUUCUUCUUCAACCCCUCAGAGUAAUGGACAGCCGUACUUUCUGGCUCAUUGAAGGAAUAAUGUUCAAAUGGAUGUUGGCAAUGGUGUCACAGUGGGGCUGGGUUGCAGGCUAUACAGUGAUGGAAUGGGGCGACGACGUAAGGCCCCUUUCUGAAGAGGAAGCCAUGGUCAUCGUCAACCACCAAGCCACAGGGGAUGUGUGCACCCUCAUGAUGUGCUUGCAGGACAAGGGCACGGUGGUGCGGAAGAUGAUGUGGUUGAUGGACCACGUGUUCAAGUACACCAACUUUGGCCUGGUGUCUCUCAUCCACGGGGACUUCUUCAUCAGACAGGGUAAAGCGUACCGGGACAAGCAGCUGAUCUACCUAAAGGAUCACCUAGACCGGUACUAUCACAGCCGUGACAGAAAGUGGAUCGUGCUCUUCCCAGAAGGCGGCUUCUUGCGCAAGCGGCGGGAAACCAGCCAGGCAUUCGCCAAGAAGAACUCGCUUCCUCACCUGACGCAUGUGACGCUGCCACGGCUGGGUGCCACUCAGGUGAUCCUGAAGACCCUUGGGCCGCAGCAGGAGAACGGCUGCCUGGGGACAGAGGCCAGCACAGUGCACCCUAGCCAGUCAGGUAGUAAACCCAAAGGCCUGCAGUGGGUGGUGGACGUGACCAUAGCGUACUCCAAAGCCAGGCCCAUGGACAUCCAGACGUGGAUCUUUGGCUACAGACCUCCCACAGUCACGCAYGUACACUACAGGGUGUACCCCAUAAAGGAGGUUCCGGUGGAGACCAAACCCCUGACAGACUGGCUGUACCAGAGGUUUGUGGAGAAGGAGGAUCUACUGGCCCAUUUCUACGAAACAGGAGCCUUCCCUCCGCCGAAAGGCCAGAAGGAGGCUGUCUCSCGGGCGAUGACCCUCGACCCUGUGCAGCUCUGCGUCAUCCAAUUCCUGGCCUUUGCCUCGGGCUACCUGUGGUACAGCGUCCUUCAGUACUUCUACUGCUGUUUGUUCUGAGUGCACUGAGGAGGAUGGCGUUUUUAAGGAGGUUCUUUAAAGUGGACCGGAUCCUGUUGGCACUGUUCCUGGAUCAGCCAAUAGAGCACCCUCCCYAGUACCAUCCCUCCUCCCUACGAUGGAUUGAAUGUACAUUUUGCAAAAAGCAGGAGGGACUGGAAAAAAAAAAGAAGAUUAUGUUGGAGUCUUUUUUCCCUUCCUGCAUACAUGAAUACCGACACACACGGACGGACGGACGGAUAGACAAACACACACAUGAUUGACUGAAGCCCCUAAUUUUGAACAUGAAUCAUGUUUACACACACUAACUUAUUGGAUACACACCUGCGCCAAUCUAGGUGAUGGUCUCUCAUUUCUCACACACUUUUUCUGUUUACACACGUCUUCGUACACUUCAACUGAACUCACCCACACACCCGGUUUUACUCUCAGAUCAAGAAUGAGGCUCAGGACUACAACUGAAAUUGUUCUCAAGUGGACUCUCUCCCUGGUCUUUAGGUGUAGUUUUACAGCGUGUGUUUGUGCAUUGUGUCUGUCCACGUACCCCCCCCCCCCUUUUUGGACUUCUCUCCAGGCCUGUUGAUUAGAUGGUUGGGCCCACAUUACAGAGAGAGGGGGCUGUUGUAUGUACCCGAUCAGAGACUACCACGUCUGGCCAGUUUUUCUGGCCUUCAUUGCACUAAAAGGAUCCAUACUGCCCCCUACCCCUCCCCCACUCCAGGAAAUAUUCCUGAACGGUAGCUGUUUGUUUUUAUUUUGUUUAUUUUAAUUUGCCCCGCCCUCUAACCACCCCCUCUCCCCCUAACAACGGCCAUUGCAUUUGUUAUCGUCGUUGGUGUUGUCGUAGUCCACCUACCUUGUCGUCUUCGAGACUUUUACUUUACUAUGUGUCUGUCUAAGACUGUAUUCUGAGCUGACUGACUGAAGGGGAAUCUUCUUGUUUACACUGGCGGCCCCCCGUCUGGGCCUAAAGGGAAGCUGGCAACGAUGUCAGGCUCUUGUUAAGACUGUUUCCACAACGUGGGGUGGUAGGUGGUUCCGGAACCCGGUGGCGUGGGGGGGGGGGGGGCAGUGCCCAA